AUGCCAACGGCAUUUUAUUAUUCCCCAUCUUGAAAUGCGGGAAAUAUUAUUUUUAGUACCGAUUAUUUACAAUUCAUAUAGCCAUGGAACCGUAUCAAAGAUUUCGUAGUCCGAAAGAAAAUAAAAUCCUUCGUUGAUAAUUGAGUCCCUGGCCUAUCGUCAAUUAUCCUUUUGUUGAAGCCUUUCACUCCUUGUCCAAACAGAAUUUAGAAGCCACAUAUUCUCACUACCGUUCAGACAUCAAUUUACGACAAUAUCAAAUGUCAAAGCAUACAGUUCAGAACAACAAUGGCGUGGUAACUACGAAAAGACAUCCAAAUGUCCUAACGCAAGUCCAGAUGACUUCUACAAGCGAAUCCAAAAUAUUAUCCCCGUUCGAGCUUCUCCCGCAAGCUCCAAAUUCUUCUGUUCCAGGUCAUCGAACUACCGCUCACAAGCUCGCAUCUUUGCUCCAGGAGAUUGCUUCUAUAAUGGAAACAAUUACCGGAGAAAAAAUGAUGUGUGGCGAGGAGCUGGACAGAUUGGAGGGAGAUGUACUUGGUGGGUUGACAGAAAUGGUAUUGAUCAUGGAAGAGGAAGUUGAGCAGAUGAUCGAGUUGGCUGAUGUGGUGGAAGAAUAUGUGGAAGAAUUAAACAUUGCAAGGGUGGAUGAGUGGAUUGCUAACCCACCGCUCUCGAGGUGCAAUGACGGUACUAAAGUAGGGGACGGUCAUUCGGAGUCUCAAAUUAACGCAGUGAAUGAAUGGAAAAGAAGCUUGAGUAAUACAGCGUUUGAGGAUGGCAAAGAGUGUAAUAGGAUUGGAUUGAACGAUAAUGUCGAGAGAUGUAUAAGUCUAGGCGGACUAUUGGAGAAGGCUGAGGAGGAUGUUUUGAGAUGGAGAGUGAGGAGAUUGUCCGUAGAUUCUGACAAUUAUGGGUUUGACGAGUCGUCCGACGUGGUUAUUGGGGCAGGAAUUUCUAUGCCCAUCACAAACUACAGGAAGGGAGUGAUCAAAGAAACCAUUAUUUCACUACCUCCGAGGAGGAAUGGUCUGGAUAUAAGAUUUAGAGACUCUGGUCUUGGUUUCAUGAGCCCUGCUGGCGUUACUAGAAUACCGAUCAAGAAGGAACCUAAAAUUGUUAUCAAGUCAAGUCCAAUUGGAUUGAGAACUGGCUUUGGCUCUACCAGAAAAAAGAAAGCGGUUAGGAAGCCAAAGUGGGUUUAAAGCCUUGAGAUAUAAUGAAAUUUGAACAGACAGAUGAUGAGCGAAAUUCCAGUAAUCUAACAUGCAUUGUUUUGAAUUUUCAGGAAGUAUUUGGCCUACUCUUAACCAAAAUCAAACCUGCAUGUGGUGCCCUUUUAACCUUCCAUCUAUGACGUUCUAUGUUUAAUCCCAAUCCCAACC